AUGACCAUCUUCGGUCCUCUUGGCCCCUCCCUCGCCCCCGCCAUCCGCAGGAACCGCGGCAUCUACGCAUGGGUUAAGCCCAUCGCGGACUGGUACGCCAACGCUGCUGGCUACAGAAAAGUCGGCUUGAAGUACGACGACCUCCUUGUGGAGGAGCGCGAUGAUGUUCAGCGGGCAUUGGGGCGUUUGACCCAUCGCGAGGCCUACGACCGUGCGUAUCGCUUCAAGCGUGCUUCGCAUGCUUCGGUCCUGCAUGAUGUUCUCCCUAAGAGCGAAUGGACCAAGCCGGAGGAGGAUGUCCGUUACCUCAAACCCCACGUUCAGGAUGUUGAGCAGGAGAACCUGGAGCGGUGGAAGUGGGAUCAUGUGGAGGUUCAGAGGACGCGGUAG